AUGAGUGCUAAUCGUCCGUCGCGGCAUCACAACAGUAUAAAAUACGCCUCUGCGGACCAUGAUCGGGAUAAGAAACUGGCAUAUUCAUCACAUGGUUCCAAAAAAUUAAAAAUAUUUAAAUGGGUGAAAUCCGACAGGAAAAUAAAAUUCGAUGAUGAUGAAGAAGGUGAAGAAGAAUCUUUACGGCAGAUGGUGUCUGAGGAUAUUUCCACACCAACUGCUUCAAUUAUACAACCACUGACAGCAGCUUCUACUCCUCAACCCUCAGAACCUGAGCCAGAUUCCACGCCGAAACCAAUUCACACAUAUCAACAGACAACACAAAAUCAGCGUCCUACUUCGUUGAUUGCCACUGCUGUAAAGCAUGCAACACUAAUACGUGAAUCUUCGUCGACAAUGUCUACACCUCCCGCGGAUAUAUUUGUUGUGAAUACGGAUAAUAAUACACCGCAGCACGAGACGGGUGGUGUUUCUGGUUUGGAUACGCCUGAUCGUGAUAUUGAAGAGACGGAGGAUGAAGAAUUAGAAGCAGAAGAAAUUGGAGGGUUAUCUGAUACCGGAAAUAUACGUCGUAGUAGUCAAGAAUUGAUGCGGUUCAAUAUCAAGGAUAAAAUGCAAACUAAUCAUGAAUAUUCGACGACCGCAGUUCCUACAAAUAACAAUUUCAGCGAACAACCAGUCGUCGAGUACACUAGUGAAUUCGACGACGGGCACGAAAUGUCAUAUGAUGACAUGCAACAGGCGGCCGCUUAUCGACAGCAGAUUGGCGAAAUUUUGGCACAGGAGGAAUUGGAAGACGGUGAGAUUGAAGAAGCGGAGUAUAAUGAUUUGCAAGAAUUAUGA